AUGAUAAAAAAAACAGUAAAUAAAAUUGUUAACAUUAAAAAAAAAAUUACAAAAAAAUAUAUAUAUAUAUAUAUAAUUUAUCUUAUAUUUAGUAUAAUAUUGUUAAAUUACCUCGUGAUUUAUUUUGUUCUAAAUUUCUAUAAUAAAAAACAUUUAGGAAUCAAAAAAGAUUUUUCAUCAAUUGAAUUAUCAAAAAUAUUAGAAGCGAAUGAUGAAAAAGAAAAUUAUGAUACAUCAACUUACUUAAUAUGUGUUGUAUACAUUAUUUUUUCUUUAAUUUUUUAUAUUAUAGAAUUUUUUAUAAAAUAUAACGGAAAAUUUUGUGAUUAUUUAUUUAGAGAAAAAAAAAGAAAUAUUAUUGAAAAUAAUGUAAAAAUUCCAGUAUUUCAUAAAAAAACCGAAAUAUUUAUUACAAUAAAUUAUGUAUUUUUAUAUCUUUUGUUAGCUGUAUUGGGAUUAAUUAAAUGCAAUAUAGAUGAAUAUUUUUUUUAUUUUUUUUCUCUACUAAUAAUAUGUGAAAUUAAUACUCCUUUAAAAGUAUUCAUGGUUUUUAUAAAAUUUAUAAAAAAGUAUUAUAAAAAUAGUUAUUUGAAAAAAGAAAAUUAUAACUUAGAGAAAAUUAAGAAAAGAGAUCUUUAUUUUUUUUUUUGUUAUUUUAUUAUUCUAAGAUAUUUAGAAAGUUUUUCACUAAAAAAAAAGUUUAGCAUAUUCAAAGAUUUGCUAAGUAAAAAAUGUUCAGAAAAUUUAUCAAGCAAGAAGGAUUUACAUAUAAUUAAUUUACAAAAAUAUAUCAAUGAAAGAAGUUUUUAUAAGAACUUUCUUAAUAACAAAUUAUCAAAAUGUAUAAAAAAUAUAUGUAAUUUUUUAAAAAAAUGCUUCUAUAAGUUUAGCUUUACAUUUAUUUUUAUAAAGGACAAUGUUAGUAAUAUUCUAUCUUUUAAGUUUUUUCAUGUCAUACAAUAUGAAUUAACUGAAAAAAAGAAAAUUUUCAAUAAUCAAACAAAUGAAAAGAAAGCAUGUAUUAUAAAAAAUGAUAAUAUACAAACUGGAAACUAUGAAUUAAAUCAUGAAGCUAAUGAAUUAAGAAAAAAGGAAAAUGACAAAAAUGUGAAUGAAAUACAAAAAUGUACAUCCCAAAAAAAUAAAAACAGUUUAUAUAAAUAUUAUAAAAAAAGGAAUCAAAUUAAUGAGAAAAUGAUUUAUAACGAUAAUUUUAUAAAUAAAAAAGAAAAUAAGACUAUUGAUGAAUCCAAUUAUUUUUAUGAACUUAGUAAAAAGGAAUAUCUUAAGAUGAAAAGGAAUGUAAAUAAAUAUAAUAAAUAUUAUAGAUAUUUUAGAGAUCACAAACCCUAUAACAGCGAAAAUGAAUAUGACAGUACUUCAAAAAAUGAAAAUUUCAGUUUUAUUAAAAAGAAGAAAAGGGAAUUUCAUGUUGUUGAAGGAGAAAAAAAAAAAUUUUUUUUUGAUAAUUUAGAAAGUUAUGAACUUGAUAACUAUGAUACAUCAAAAAAAUAUUUAACUAAUAAACUAGAUAAAGAGUGCUUUUUUAUUAAGGAAUAUGAAAAUAAAAGAAAUAAUUGUAAAAGAGAAGAAAAUGAAAAAAAUAACUCUGUAGAAACAAAAAUAAAUAAAUCAAAUAAAAAACAAGAUAAUGCAUUUAUAUAUUUUCCAUUUUUUAAAAAAUCCAGUAAUAGUUGUUUAUCUAAUAAAUAUGGUAACUUAUAUAAUAAAAAGGAUUUAUAUAACAAAAAUAAUUACUUAGAUGAUAUUUGUAUGAAAAAGGAAAAUAAUGAAAUUCAUAAUAAAAGAAAAAAAUAUAAUAAAGUAUAUAUCAAAAGUGAUAUAAAAGGAGAUUGCCUUAAUUCAAAAAUAAACCAAUUGGAAAACUUCACAGACAUAAAAGAUAUUCAAUUCAAAAGAAGAUAUAAAGUAAAAAUUAACAAUGAAAAAUUAAUAGAAUGGAAAAAUGGAAAAGAAGAAGUACAUAUUUUCAGAAAGGGAAGGGAAAGAAAAAAAAUUAUCAAACUUUCUGAUAUACAAAAUUAUUCAACAAAGAAUUAUGUGAAUUUAAAAAAUUUUAGUAUAAAUAGAAAAAUAAAUGAUGGACAUAGAAUUAAAAAUGAUCUUAAAAAAGUAAAUAAUAAAACUUUUGUUAGGACAAAAGAAGCAAAUGAAUUUCCACACAAAAUUAUUAGCUAUAAAGAUUAUAAUCAACAAGAAAAAAAUAUCCUAAGAGCAAACAAAAAAAUGAAAAGCUUUGAAAAAAAAGUUAAGAUUUUUUUAUCUAAUUUUAAGAGAAAAAUGGAAAUAUGUAUUCUUUUAAAUAUGGUAUAUAAAAUCAUUUCAUUACUAAAUAUUUUAUUAAUUUUUUUUGUAAAGGGGAUUUUUAUGUAUAUUAAUUUAUAUUAUUUUAUAUCUAAAUAUAAAAAUUCUUUUUUUUUUCAAAAAGCACUAUUAACUUUAAUACAAUGUUCAUUUUUUUUUUUCUUUCAUUUAUAUGUAUAUGAAUACAAAAAAAUAAAAAGUAAGUAUUAA